ACUUCAACAUUUAUUUCUGCUGCGCGUUGCUGCUAUUAUAUACGGUAACGUAGCGUUACGACUGGUUGCGUCAUUCUGAAGUCUCUAGAACACUUUACGACUCUGUUGAUAACGAAAGCUUCUCUCAAGUGGGUGUGUGCAGUUGGCGUAUUUUGAGUUAUGAUUUAGUUGUAAACACAAGCUGUCGUUAAAUGAGUGUUUUUGAUUUAUUCCGCGGGUUCUUCGGAGUACCUGGAGGUCACUACCGUGGCGGAAGGGACCCCUUCUUUGAUGCCAUGACUCAUGAUGAUGAUGAUGAUGAUGACGAUGAUGAUGACGAUGGGUUCUACUAUGAGGGGUUCAGAGGGGACCAGCAGGACCCCUUUGACAGUGCCUUGAGGUUUGGCUUCAGCGUUGGACCCAACGGAAUGAGGAUCCAGGAGCCGCAAAUGUUUGGCCAAGUCCUCAGGGAGAUGGAGGAGAUAUUCUCCCAGCUGGGCCGCUGGGAUGGACAGCAAGAGUCUGGACACUUUGGUGUUCCACGUAUCAUGCCGCCACCUCAGGACAGAGCAGAGCCGGGUGACAGGCGACCCAGUGGGAACCCACUGAGAGACUUCAUGCUCAAAUCCCCUGACAACAACCCACAAGGACCACAAGCAGGACCAUCUAGGGAACCCAGAAAUGAUGGCCCUUCUUAUGAGUCACCAGAAUUUCCCAGCUCGCCAUUCCACGGCUGGACCCCUUUUUCAAAGUUUAAUGAUAUUUGGAAAAGAGAGCAACAGAAAGCUCCAGAGGAAGAGCUCAAAGAAGACAGAGAUCUGGACUCUGCAGUCUCCUCUGGGGGCUUGGAUCAGAUUCUGACGCCACCUGCUGGUCAGGCACCGAACCAACCCAGGAUUCGCUCCUUCUUCCAGUCGGUCUCAGUCACCAAGGUGGUGAAACCUGAUGGGACUGUCGAGGAGAGGCGAACAGUCAGAGACAGCCAAGGUAAAGAAGAGACCACAGUGACCCGCUCAGGAGGUCCUGGUACCCUGGAGAGACCAGACCAUCAAACCGCAUCUGUCAUACCAGGAGGUCAAAAUCGAUUUUCGGACUUGCGAGACGACGACUCACUAUUCUCCAAGUUCUUCGGAGGGUUUAAGUAACAUGUAAAGUGAAAUAUCAAGCGGAGGUUCUCCUCUGCAGAGGUCACCUGGUAGCUUCUGUUCCCUGAAAACAUUUCAGAGUGUUUCUCUAAAGCUGUGAGUUUGCAUCUAGGAUUUAUAUAUAUUGAUAUAUAUGAACAGAACACUUGCAUGACCUUCAGUUUGCCAAAAUGAAAAUGUUAGUUCAAGGUCUCAGGCCUGUUUAAGAUCACACCAGGAUCUUUCCAACUCACGUAGGCUAGAAGCUGCCAAUCCCGAAGACAUGUGAUUUAAACAAAUACACAUCAGGUAAUAACUAAUUCAGUUACAUAUUUUAUUUUUGAAUUGUCCUGUAGGAUAAGCUUGUAUGGAUGUGAGUGUAUGAUAUGUCAAAUAAAGAGUCUUAAUAUAUUUAGAAA